GUGUGGGGCGCUUGGUUUUCCCGGUGGCAGCAUCUUCGCGCUUCCCCUCCCUCCCCUCCCCGUGAUGUUUUCUCUGGAUUUCUUGGACGAUGUUCGGCGGAUGAAUAAGCGGCAGCUGUAUUACCAGGUUCUGAAUUUUGGGAUGAUCGUUUCUUCAGCGCUGAUGAUCUGGAAGGGUCUGAUGGUGGCAACGGGCAGUGAGAGUCCCAUUGUGGUCGUGCUCAGUGGCAGUAUGGAACCUGCAUUUCACAGAGGAGAUCUCCUGUUCUUAACCAAUCGCAUCGAAGAGCCAAUCCGAGUGGGUGAAAUCGUGGUCUUCAGGAUAGAAGGAAGGGAAAUUCCAAUUGUGCAUCGGGUUUUGAAAAUUCACGAAAAACAAAAUGGAGACAUCAAGUUUUUGACAAAGGGUGACAACAACGCUGUUGACGACCGGGGCUUGUACAAACAAGGGCAGCACUGGUUGGAGAAGAAAGAUGUCGUAGGACGAGCGAGAGGAUUUGUGCCAUACAUCGGAAUCGUGACCAUCCUAAUGAAUGAUUAUCCCAAAUUCAAGUACACCGUCCUCUUUCUACUGGGCUUGUUCGUGCUGGUCCAUCGGGAGUAAGCCUGCCACCACGAAGGCCGGAGUGGAUCUGCCGAUGGGCCUGAAUAGACAGUGGGGUGUGGUCUGUGUACAUUUCACUGCUUCUUAACCAAGUUGGGUUUGGCUUUUGGUUUUAUUUUCUACUACUGCCGUGUAACAGGAAAGUUGAUCCCAGUAUUUUGAACAGUUUGUCACAUUUUAGCAUUUUUGUACGUCGGUGAAUUUUUAUAUUAAAAGUUUUAAGCCAAA